AUGGCAACCAGGCCUGAAGUUGUUUUUGAGGCACCGGGCUCUCAAUACCACUCAUAUCGAUCGCAUUAUUAUCACCGAUCAAUGGACGUUCAGCACGUGAUUGACUCUUCUACUAAUCAGCUCGUGCGACAUCCAACAGAUGUAAAUAUGCUAUUAACUCGUGCGCUAGCGCUCUUCAAACAGGCAAAAUACGAAGAAACCAUCCGGGACCUUAACAACGUUGUCUCUCUGGACACAAUGAAUGUUACUGCAUUUUAUAAGCGUGGACUGGCGUAUCUGAAGCUUGAUAGUGUGGAGCUUGCAAUACAAGACUUUACGCGAGCACUGCAGAUUAACCCAGAACACGUCAACGCUGCAUACGCGCGCGCAUCCUGUUACAACCUGAUAGAUGAUUAUGUUCAAGCCAUCGAUGAUUACACUUCUGCGAUCUCGAAAGACAGAAAGCACAAACUUCAGCAAAGACAUCAACAGGAGCUGCGUCGUACAUUUAUCUUUUCUCAGCAAUCGAAAAAGCGAUGCUCGUUUCUCAAAUCAGCGGAGACUGAAACUAGUGUUGAGAGUAGUUUGAGUAAAAAGGGACAAGAUCCGUUUAAAUGCACCACGGAGCUUGGCACCACGCCAGAUGUAAGUAAUACAUCGCCGACUUCUCCAGCUGCAUCUGUGAUAACUUUAGUGGAACAGAACGAACUGCUGGGUGAUGAAGAAAAAGUCAGAGCUGAAAGCAAAGCGUCCUCUUUCAUCCCUGCACUUGAACAAGCAGAAAAACAUUACGCUAGAGGCUUUCAGUACCGCCAAGAAGGCAACUUUGAGGCUGCAGCAGACGAGUAUUCACAUGCAAUCCAUCUCAAUCCACACCAUUUCAAAGCGCUCUUCAAUCGUGGCUUCGCUUAUGAUAAAAUGCAACGCUUUGAUGCCGCUGUAAGAGAUUACACGCAGGCACUGCACUUGGAUCCACAUAAUGUUUUUGCUCUUUACAAUCGAGGGAUCUCUUUGGAUCGCCGUGGGGAUUAUGCUGGCGCGCUUGCCGACUUUACCCGAGCGAUUGAGGUUCUACCAACAAAUGCAGACUUUUACCACAAUCGUGGCUUUUGUCAACGUAAGCAGGGAAAUUUCGAGUCAGCUAUUGCAGAUUACUCGAUUGCGAUAACCUUAGACACGAAACACUUUAAAUCACUGUACAAUCGCGCAUACUGUUAUGACAAGCUCGGGCGCUAUGAGAAUGCUGUCCAGGAUUACACAGCCGCGCUGCAAAUUGAACCCGAAAAUGCCAGCGCAAUGCACAACCGAGGAAGCGCAUAUGUUCAAAUGAAAGACACGACCCGAGCCAUCGCCGACUUUAAUCGUGCUAUCGCGCUACAGCCUCGAUCAAUAUCAAGCUACAACAGUCGAGGGUUGUGCUUUGAACAGCUUGGACGACACGAAGAAGCUCUUCAAGAUUUUAGCAAGGCACUUGACUUGGCCCCCCAUAGUGCUGUACUUUACAACAAUCGCGGCUUCUGUUUUCGCAGUGUUGGUCGUUUCGAAGAGGCUUAUCAUGACUACAGUUCUGCACUUAGUCUUGAACAACGCAAUAUCGAUGCGUACAUCAAUCGAGGAUACGCUCUUUGUAAGCUUCAACGCUUCGAUGAAGCUGUUGCAGACUAUAGUAUCGUGCUUACACUCAAUCCAAAUAACACGAGACUUGUGAGCAAUCCACCUUGUGAGCCUGGAAGCAGUGCUCACGGGAGAUUACCCGCGAGUGAGUGA